AUGAUGCAAACCCACCUCCCUGAAGCCUCGAGCACUCGUUUCACAGAUGUCGAAUCCGUGGAGAACCAUCAGUCUUGCGAACUAUCUACAUUUACUGUUGGGAGUCAGUUGCGGGCUACAAUCUUAAAUUCCUGGGUUAAUGUGCUUAUCCUCGCUGCACCGGUCGGUAUCGCGUUGCACGUUGUCCAGGCCAAUCCAAUUGCCAUCUUUGUCGUGAACUUCAUUGCAAUUAUCCCGUUAGCUGCAAUGCUGAGUUAUGCGACGGAAGAGAUUGCUCUGCGGACGGGUGAGACGAUUGGCGGAUUGUUGAAUGCCUCCUUUGGAAAUGCGGUGGAAUUGAUCGUUGCAAUCAUCGCGUUGGUCAAGAAGAAUGUUCUGAUCGUGCAGACUUCGCUCAUUGGAAGCAUGCUCUCGAACUUGCUGCUCGUGAUGGGGAUUUGUUUUUUCUUUGGUGGUAUCGAUCGUGUCGAACAGCAUUUCAACGUCACCGUUGCGCAGACCGCGGCCAGUUUUCUAGUGUUUGCUGCGGGUAGCUUGAUCAUGCCCACUGUCGUUCACAAAAUUUCUACCACUGCCGACGUGGACAGAACUGUCGCUCUUUCCCGAGGAAUCAGCAUCCUUCUCCUCAUUGCUUACGGUUGCUAUCUAUUCUUCCAACUGAAAUCCCAUGUCGACAUAUACAACCGCCCUAGCCCCAAAGUUCAAAGACGCCACCCUGGAGUUAGCCAAGGCCACACAAAGCGCGGUAUCUUUCAAAUGGCUAAAAUGUCCGCACUCAUGGGUGGACAUACGGGAGAAAUUAUUUCGCAGGAUCUGGAAAAUGAGCCCGAGCAGCCGCAGCUGACAAUCCUGGUCGCAUUACUUACGCUCGGUGUUUCAACGACACUUGUAGCUAUCUGUGCGGAGUUCAUGGUCAACUCCAUCGAUGCACUCACGGCCACAGGUAGCAUCGGCGAGCGAUUUGUUGGGCUAAUUCUUCUUCCUAUGGUCGGUAACGCAGCAGAGCAUGCUACGGCCGUGACAGUCGCCUGCAAGGACAAAAUGGACCUUGCGAUCGGUGUUGCGGUGGGCUCCAGUAUUCAAAUAGCGCUGCUAGUCCUGCCUUUGAUCGUUAUUAUUGGGUGGAUCUUGGGAAUUGAAGACAUGACUCUCAAUUUCGAAAUUCUCCAGAUGGUCAUCUUUUUUUUCGCUGUCCUGCUCGUUAUCUCCCUCAUUAUGAAUGGCAAGUCUCAUUGGCUUAAGGGUGUCUUGCUGAUGAUGAGUUAUUUGUUGAUUGCUUUGGCUGCUUGGUUCAUCGACUAG